AUGGAGAAAAAGAAAUAUGAAUGGGAACAGCCACAAGGUCGAUCGAUGGUCCAGUGGUACAACUCUUGUGCUCUUCUGUCUUGGAAGAAGGAUGCGAAGGAAGGGGGCUCGGUGUGGCUAGGGGUUUCGAAGGGAAAGAGGCGAGAAAAGAGUUCAGACGAGAAGCACGACGUCACAGGUGGUUUGGUGGCGUUUGCUUUAACGGGGGUGGUGAUGGCAUCGGGUGGUGAUGGCAGAGCUGUGAUGGCAACGGGUGGCUCCGCCGCUUCCUCUCUCUUUUGUUAG